UUCCCAUAACUCCCUAUUCCACUUCCGCAUAUACGGGUUGUCUAAGGGGCACUUGCACGGGUGAACUUCCUUUCGCUCCGACAUCUUGACGAGGAAACAUGCCUCCCAAGCAGGACAAGAAGAAGGACGCUGGGAAGUCCAAAAAGGAGAAGGACCCAGUCAACAAAUCCGGAGGCAAAGCCAAGAAGAAGAAGUGGUCCAAGGGAAAGGUCAGGGACAAGCUCAACAACCUGGUACUCUUCGACAAGGCGACCUACGAGAAGUUGUACAAAGAGGUCCCCAACUACAAGCUCAUCACCCCAGCUGUUGUGUCUGAGAGGCUGAAGAUCCGUGGCUCUCUGGCCAGGAACGCUCUCCAGGAGCUGCUCGCUAAAGGAAUGAUCAAACUGGUGUCCAAACACAGAGCACAGCUCAUCUACACACGCAACACCAAGGGUGGAGAUGAGGAGGCAGAGAAAGCAGCAGAGAAAGCAUAAUCAGGUUCUCCUGUGUUUCUUCCAAUGAGCUGUUUGUAAUAAAAGGUGAAUAAAAACUGAAAAGACAAAAUCA